AUGCAAAGGUCAAAGGAAGGUUACAUCUGGACGCCCACCAGCGAAGUCGAAGGUAUUCACACCGCAUCGGUCGUUCCGAGUUCGUCACAUAUUCGAGAUGCCUACGAUGUAAUUGUAAUCGGCUCCGGAUUCGCGGGACUGAUCGCUGCCCGCGACAUAUCGCAGCACUCGAAAGCAAAGGUCUUGCUCCUAGAGGCCAGAGACCGUAUUGGCGGUCGCACUUGGACCGCCCGAGUGGACAAUGAAGAUAUCGAGAUGGGCGGGACAUGGGUUCAUUGGAACCAGCCUCAUGUGUAUACCGAGCUGCACCGAUACGGUAUUCAUAAAAGCUUGAAGACCUCUGCAGGAACGGUCGCUACCCAAGUACAGUAUCACAAACGGUCCGGUUCUACUGUCGAAAGUCUUGUGCCGGCAGAAGUGAAGAAUAUAUGCGAUAAAGUUGCAGCCGAUUUCUUCCAGAUUGAUAGUCUAGACAGCCGGGCGUUGAUGCCCUACCCACACGAUCCGCUCCGAGAGCCAACGCCCUGGAAGAAAUACGACCAUAUGAGCAUAGCAGAUCGCCUCAAACUGCUCCACAAUGUGUCUUCAUUUGAUAAAGCUAUCUUCGAAACGAUGACUGCUUCGUUUGGUAGUGCUCCAGGCUCAGACAUCGGGUUUUGCGAAGCCCUUCGCUGGUUUGCGCUUGGCGGCCACACCAUGGGCGGCGUCUUUGAGCUUGUUGGUGUCUUCAAACUAGGAAAUGGUGGAACGACGUCUUUAGCCACAUUGAUUUUGAAGGACUUUCAAGGUGACGUUCUGUUGAAUAGCCCCGUAGGAGAAAUUUCCCAGUAUGCGGCGGGCGCCAUAGUUACGACCAAAGCUGCGAGACGGAUCACGGCAAAAAUUGUCAUCUCAACGAUUCCUCUUAAUGUUCUUGGUGACGUGAUAUUCACACCUCCCCUAAGCCCACUCCGCCACGAAGCCAUUGUCCGUGGCCACAUCAACAAAGGUGCCAAGAUCCACUUCAAACUCGGAGAUAUCGAACCAGGUUGGUUUGCGACGUGCGAAAAAGGCUCACCGUACGUCUUCGCAUUCUCCGAUCACAAUGGGACCAGGCCCUGGGGCCCAGACGGCACUUGGUGCAUUGGCUUUGGCUACAACGGCUGUCUGGAGGAUAAAAAGAACAGUUCAGAGAUUGUCAGACAAUUCAGGCAGAACAUCCGACCAGAUGCGGACGUGAAGCUCUACGCUACCCACGAUUGGAUGAAUGACGCCUAUGCUAAGGGAGUAUGGAGCUGCUGGGGCCCUAAUUCAUCCACAGCACACUGGGCAGAGCUGCAGAGAUCUCACGGGAGGGUUCUUUUUGCCAGCGCUGACUGGGCAGAUGGCUGGCGAGGCUUUAUAGAUGGUGCCAUUGAGCAGGGCCGUAGAGCCGCCACAGACGUGGUUGAAUUUCUCCUGAGUGAAUCAGCUAAUGGAGCAAAGCUUUAGAGCCACGUCACUGAGAGUUGGAGUCCAUAGAAUAGUAUGCAUAGGAUAGCCAGUUAUAUUCCAACUGCUUAGUGACCCAACUACAAUAUAU